AUGGAGCAUGUCUGUGGCUUGACCACGCCCCACGCCUUCGAGGUGCUGGCGCUCGGGGUCCGCUCGGGGAUGCUGCAGUGCGCCACGGCCCAGGAGACCACCGACUGGCUGAGUGCCGUGGCCACGAACAUCCAUGACCUGACGCUGCAGAGGGUGAAAAUGGGCAACAAGUGCUGUUCUCCGAGGGACCAGGUCGUGCACAUGGGUUGGGUCAACGAGAGGUUUGAAGAUGCCGACUGCUCUCCGACCCUCACACCCAAGUUCCUGGCCCUGAAGGGCUCCUCGGUCUGCGUCUUCAGCUCCCCCCCCCCCCCCCCCCCGGUGAGGACAGUGAGGACCCACGAAACCCGGAGGAGGGGCUGGGAGGGCACCUGGAGGAGAAGGAGGGGCCGUGCCCUGUCCUCGUCCCCACGUGGCUGGGGGGGGGGGGGGUUCUGCUUAGGGUCAUGGGCGUUUCUUUCUCUAAAUCUGUUAACCCACUUAUUUCGGUUCAAACAGCCGCUAAGAUGGUCCAGCAUUUUCCUGCUUCUGCAGAUUUGGGGGUGGAAGGCCCAUGUCUUAGACCAGUGCCUACGUGCCGACCACCUGCUGCCGCCCGAGUCACUGUUGCGAGGGUUUCAGCGGCAGGUUCCUCUGCACCAGCACGUUCCUCUCCUGGAGGCACUGGAAACUUCCCCACGUCACCGAGGCAUCGCUGACGAGGAGAGGACCGUGGUGACAGUGAGCACGCGGGACUGGGCGUGCGCAGAAAAGACCUACAGCCUCUGGGAGGUGCUGUUCAAAGCCCACGAGUUCUGGUCCCCGGGGGGCUGCCGGCAGCAAGUGCACCUGUGCCCGGGCCUCCAGGACCCAGGGCCGCACAGCUCUGUCCUGGUCGGCCGAGGCCAGAGCCACCGCUUCACCGUGGAGCUAGGCAGCGAGCUGGCCGCGUGGGAGGCGUCCUUCCAGAGAGCCACCUGCUGGGCGGUGUGGAGGGCAGGGUCCAAGACCUACCCGUGCAGCUGGCGGGGAGACGCGCUGCACUUCACUGUGGACUUCGCCUCAGGACUCACCUGUUGCGCCAGCAGGACGCAGACCAUCCUCUGGAGCUUUAGGUUCUCCCGGCUGCGGGGGUUGUCCGACGACGGGAAGGCCCGCCUCAAGCUGCUCUUCCAGCACCUCCACACCCGACAGGUUGAGGCGACGGAGCUGGAGUUUCCGGACCUCACGGCCGUCCUGCACUGCGUCCACGCCUUCCUCGCGGCCAAGGUUGCCUCCCUGGACCCCGGCUUUGCGGGCAGCCAGGGCCUCAGCAGGAAGCCCCCAGGCAGCAGCUGAGCGCUCGGUCAAGGACGAGAAUUAAAUUAUUUUCUUAAGAGACGAAGCUUUGCCGCCCAGCAUUGGAGCUCUGUGGCUUUAUAACGAGCCUACGGUUGUGAUACCAGUAAAGUCCUUCCUGUUUCCAGCCACGGAAAUCCUCGUUAGAGGGACGGUCCCACAGGGCGCAGGCGCGGCUGUGGCUGGGGCCCUGGCCCGUGAAUCGCCACAUCCCUGCGUCCCUCCGGGCCCUGCGAGGGGUGAGCCCCCACGCACCACGUCCCUCGCUGGCCACACCCAGGUUUCCUUCCACGGAGUGACAGGGGACCGAGCGCCCCCCCCAACCCCCCUGCUUCCCUCUCCCUGGAGAGGAAGUGCUUCCUGGGGUGGGGGGUCCCCUCCCCUGCGCCCAGGAGGAGGCGGAGCCAGGGGUGAGCUAGGCUAUGAGCAGCAGGACUGUGGGGAUGGGAGUCAAUUUUUGUAUCAAACAUGACAUAUGAGUUACAGUGUCAUUAAGUAAUGCAUCAUUUAAAGGUUAUUAUUAUUGUUGUUGUUUUUGUUAAUCCUCACCGGAGAACAUUUUUCCCCAUUGAUUUUGUUUUAUUUAUUUUUUAUUUUUUAAAAAAUAUUUUUUAUUGAUUUCAGAGAGGAAGGGAGAGGGAGAGAGAGAGAUAGAAACAUCAAUGAUGAGAGAGAAUCAUGGAUUGGCUGCCUCCUGCAUACCCCUCACUGGGGAUUGAGUCCACAACCCAGGCAUGUGCCCUUGACUGGAAUCGAACCCCGGACCCUUCAGUCCGCAGGCUGCCGCUCUAUCCACUGAGCUACACCAGCCAGGGCUAGAAGAUGUAUUUGUAUUGUGGCAGCGACCAAAUAGAAAAUGCUGAGUUAGGUUGGGGGGGAAGGGUGUAUAUUUUCUUGGUGCCCAAUAGUAAGUGUAGACCACAGGAAGACUUAAGAGGUCCCCGUCCCCCCACCUCGGGGCGCCCUGGUGUCCAGUGGUGCCCAGUGGUGUCCAGGCGUCCGCCCGCUGGGAGAACACGCCCCCCUCCUCCCCCAGGACCUCACUGCUGUGUGACGCCCGGUCGCGCCUUCAUGUUAUAACUUAUCUGCCCAGAAACUUGCAUUGAAGUCUUCAGACCCCAGUCUCUUAUCCACCCGGCAGGAGACGUUUCCAGCUUUCACAUGGCAACACGGAGCACGCGGAGCCGGGAGGAGCAGGGCCGGGUUGGCCGGGCUGUGCCGAUGCAGCACGGCAGAGCCGUCCACGCACACGGGCGCACAGAACCGGUCACGGUGGUUGGCCAGUGUCAACAAGCGCCUCCUGACUUCGUGGAGGGGUAGAGACGCCGAGCGUGACUUUGCGAAAAGGUCAGUAGAAGCCUGUGUGUCCUCAUUUCACUGAAAACACCCAGGAGUUUCUCCAGCGGAAGCCCGGUGUAUCCCACGGUUCUGAGACAGCUGCCUGCUGUCGGACGGGAGCACAGUCAGGCCCAUCCUUGUGUCCUACAUGGUGCUCUGUCUGUGUCCACGCGGCCCUGCCUCCUUGUUCCCGUGCCCAUUUCCAGCUGUUCACAUGGCCACGCCCGCACAGUCACAUGACCACUCCCUCCUGCUGGCACAGCCACACCCCGUGUUCACAUGACCAUGUUAACGUAAAAAACAUACAAACCUGUAAAGAAUUUUUGUGCGUUUAUUUGAUCCAAACUGUGGACAAUUGGCAGGAAGCAGGAUCUCAAUGGAUUGGGAUAAUGCUCCGGAGAAUGGUGGUUUUUCACCUAUUUUUAUAAAUUACAGUCACAGGAGGAGAUGUGAGUUACCUGAAAUCCAUGGUGAUAGAUUAGGGAGGCGGGAGAAAGCAAAGGGGAGGGGGUGGACCUCUGGGGUUGGAUAAAGAGUGAAAUGAUAGACACACACUUCUUUUAGGUGAACGCAGGAUAGUUAACCGUCAACAAUUAACUCAAUAACAAUGAGGAGAUUUGUCGUCUCGCAGAGCCAGUGUCUGUGCCCUGAGGAGUCUGGAAAAAGAAAAAUUACUUUGACCUUCCAAGGAUAUUGUCGAUGCAAAAAGACAAUAGGCUCAGUUAAGGUUAAGAUUGGCCUUUGUCACAGAAGAUGCUGGCCUAGGAUGUGACAACACACCAUGAUUGCUUUUGGAUAAAGUUUUAAUUUCAGACCAUCCUGUGUGGUUACUUUAGGUCUCCGAGUUUGCAAAACCACCACGCAGGCCUCCCCUGAGCUGUCAGGUGAGGAUGUGGCCCCUUUGCGUCCACACAGCGUUCAGGUGACACCCCGGCUGGAUUAGGACGGACUGUCUGGACGCAGUCGGUAGUGGAUGGCUGUGGAGAGCAGGCCUCACCUGGGGAAACAGACAACUUCUCUGACACUGAUCAUGUCAUGUGGAGACCGAAGUCACUUUCAUGGACACUAACACAGUGUCACCGCUUCACUCGAGGCCGACAGCGCCUCAGCCUGGGCCCCUGCGGACGCUGUGGGGUCCCCUCCCGUGAGUCUCCUUUCCUCCCGACCUCGGGCGGCUCCCAGGGCCUCGCACUCUCGUUUGCUCUGUCGUGCCCAGGAUUUGUAGUUGUUGUUUUAAAUUGUGUUCUGUCGGCCUGUCUAUUAUUUUUCUUUUUCACGUUCCCCCUCCCCUUUGGCAGCCAUCAGCUCCGCAUCCAUGAACCUGCUUCUGUUUUGUUGCUUCAUCAUUGUCUUGUGUG